AUGAUUUGCUUAUUAAAUAAUAAAACUCAUCAUGAACAAUUAACAUCAUUAGAAAAUAUGGCAGCUGGAAGUUUAGCAGCAAUAUUUGCAUCUUUUGCUUUAUGCCCCACCGAAUUAGUUAAAUGUCGAAUGCAAACAAUGAAUGACAUUCAGCUACAUACACAAAAUCCAAUGCAUAAAACCAUUUCACCAAUAGAUAUAACACGGAAUAUUAUACGCAAUGAAGGUAUACGAGGAUUAUAUCGAGGGUUCACCGCGACUUUAGCUAGAGAAUGUCCUGGUUAUGGAUGUUUUUUUGGUGGAUAUGAAUUAACAAGAUCUUUAUUGACAAAAGAGAAUGAAAAGAAAGCAGAUAUUGGAUUUGUUAGAACAUGGAUUUCGGGUGGUAUGGCUGGUAUUUGUUUUUGGAUAUUUAUGUUUCCUAUUGAUGCAAUAAAAUCACGUAUACAAGUGUUGAAACCAAAUAUGAACACUAUGAAAUAUACAAUCGAAUUUAUUAGAAAUGAAGGUUUUACAACAUUGUAUGCUGGUUUAUUACCAACACUUAUUCGCAGUUUUUUUGCUACCGGUGCUUUAUUUAUGACUUACGAACAAGUGCAAAAAUUUCUACAUCGUGCAUUUUAA